AUGAUCGGCGUGACGUUUAAGACGAUCACGAACAUCCAGUUCAACCUCGACGUCGACCCGGCGCAGACGAUCGGUGAAUUGAAGAAGACGCUGGAAGAGACGAAGGGAGCCGACUACGCCGCUGACGUUACCAAGAUCAUCUACAAUGGAAAGAUCCUCGACGAUGGCGCAAAAUUCGAGGAAAUCGGCUAUGACCCGAAGAAGUUCAUCGUGCUGAUGGCUGUCAAGAAAAAGCUCCCGCCGCCUACUUCCUCCGAGGCCACCUCCACCACGCAGACCCAGCCAGCCACCGCCGAGGCCCACACCGACUCCCAGCAGAAUGCCCCAGCCGUUGCCACGCCUUCGGUUGCUGCACCGGCCGCUGCUCCGGCUGCUGAGGAACCGGAAGCCCUCACCCCCGAGCAGCUCACCCAAGUUGAAGCCGUGAUGGGUAUGGGCUAUCCGAGGGAUCAAGUCACUGCUGCCCUUCGCGCCGCCUAUUGGAAUCCCGACCGAGCCGUCGAGUACCUCAUCACCGGCAUUCCCGACGACAUGUUGGCAAACGCCGCCGCUGUCGACGAGUAUUUGCAAGAAGGUGAAGAAGGUGACAUGGAUCCGCUCGACUACAUCGCCGCCCUGCCGCAGUUUGACGAGAUCCGCGCCAUGAUCAGGCAGAACCCGCAGAUGCUCGGCCAGUUUAUUCAGCAGUUCGCCCAAGCCAACCCCGAGGCCGCGCAAGCCAUCCAGGCCAACCCGAACGCCUUCCUGCAGUUGCUCAACGGCGAGCGAGGAGCAGCUGAAGGUGGACAGGAGCGGCCCGCUCAAGGAGGACGUGGCCCCCUCCCGCCAAAUUCGACCGUCAUCACGAUGUCUCAGGAAGAGGUGGCCGCCGUUCAGCGUCUGAAGAACAUGGGUUUCCCGGAGCCGCUCUGCAUCGAGGCGUUCAUCGCGUGCGACAAGAAUGAAGAACAGGCCGUCAACUACAUCCUCGGCCGCAUGGAAGAGGAUUAUCGCGAGGAGCCA